AUGACCAGUGCAGUAAAAAGAUCAUAUCCGUUCGGUUCUAGGCCAACGUCUUUAGUGGAAGAAACUGAUCAGUUCAAAGUUCCUCAGGCACCUCUACAUAAAAAAAUGUCAAUGUCUCAUAGCAUUAAUAUUUCUGUCGACGGUGCCGCUCUAAAUAUGAAAUUAUCAAAAACGAUUACGACAACAAUGCAAGACAAUGAUACCACUAAUAACGUCGGUUUUAUGUCCAUUUCAAAUUGUAACAAUCUUGUUGCGACUGAUUAUAAUGAAAAGAGUCCUUUAUUAAGUCCUUUACCAAGUCCUCCUUCCGCAAAAGGACGUAAUAGAAAAAAUUUACAGGUGGUGGUUCCACCUGUUCGUUCCUCUAUAUCUGCCCCUAGUUCACCUCAAUUACCACCGAAUGUUAUUCAAAAUAGGCGUCCAUCAACCCCUAUAUGCGUUUAUCAAACAAAAGGUCCUAUAGCAGAUCCUAGGAUACUAAUAUCUAAGACUGAAAAUGCAAUCGGUGAAGAUCUGCCCUACAAAGAUGAACCAAUACAAAUAAUGCAAAAUUUAUAUCUUGGUUCUGAAAUUAAUGCUGCGAAUAGAUCAAUGCUUGAUAGACUCGGCAUUGAAUUCAUUUUGAACGUUGCUAAGGAAGUUGAUAAUCCCUAUUUUGAGGAUUAUCCUUAUUCUCCUAGCUCUGAUUGUUCGAAUGAUAGUUUUCAUUCUGCUAUACAAACUCCUUUAUUAGAUUCUCCAAUGGUUAUUUCCUCCCCAAUGGGUGUUUAUCGUUCAAGUUCUCUUAAACGAUCUUCAAUGCCUUCUCGUUCAAAUUCAAUACCUGCUCAAUCUAUUUUCGGCAAUGUUUCUUUAUCAGGUAUCCCUCUUACGGUUCCCGCAACAGAUGAUUUUGGUCCUUUAAAGUAUAAAAAAUUCUUUUGGACGCAUAAUCAAGAAAAUCUUAUUUCUGAUUUUGCUUCCGCUUUCGCUUUUAUCGAUGAGGCUCGAUCGACUGGUAGAAAUAUUCUUGUCCAUUGUCAAUGCGGUGUUUCUAGAUCCGCGUCUCUGAUCAUUGGCUAUGUGAUGAACGCAAAUCGGAUGACGCUUAAUCAAGCUUACGAGUUCGUCAAGGAUAGGAGUCCUUAUAUAUGUCCUAAUAUGAGUCUUGUAUAUCAAUUGGUAGAUUUUGAAAAGACUUUGAAAUUAGGAAAAAACAAUGAUGUUCAUAAUCCUUUAUCUGAUAAUACGAUCAAGACUAAAUCAGAAAAUACAAAAUCUAGAUCACAUUCACGUAGUUCUAGUAUAGAGAGUGAUCUUUUAUUAAAAACUCACAAACGUAGUAAUAGCAUUCCAAGGAACACUACUGGCUCUAUUUCUAUAUACGAUAAUAUUCCAAAGACUCCUACUGUUAUUUCUGAAAGUUCACUUAUCGCACAGACUACUCAGUCUACCGUAAAAGGUGUUACUGGAAGGUUUCAUGUUAUCACAGCUUCUGUAACACCUACUUCUCCAAUUGCCUUAUCACCGACGUCAUCGUUAUCGCCCACAAGUACGGUAUCACCUACAACUCCAUCGAGCGAACCAUCACCGACUAGUCAAAGACGUUCUUCAAAGCCAAGGGAUAGCAACUCAUCAUUAGGUUCAUCCGAAAAGACUCGGUCAAUGUAUUCUAUGGAUUUCUCACCAUUAUCUCCAAAAAAAUUAAUAAAUCCUCCAAUGACUCCCUCGUUCAUUUCUUCAAGUUCCCUAACCCAUACAAUUGAAAAUUUUGGUUCCCAAUCAAAUUUCUUAUUACCUGAAACAACUCCACGAAUAAUAGGUCGCCGCCAUUCAAAUGUUAUUAGCAGUUAUAGUAGCCUAAAUGGAAUCACUUCUAGUUUAUAUGCUCGAUCUUCAUCAGAUAAUAUAUUUUCUCCAACAAGAAUAUCGCCACCGAUCACUCCGAUGGCGAUUCCAAAUAUAAGUGAUCUGUUGUUUCGUAAUGAUCAGUA